AUGUUUAGCUUUCUCGGCCUUUCACCAGCAGUGGUCAAGGCAUUACAAGACUACCAUAUCUAUAUGGCGGAGAACUCACGAAUAUCGAUAGCUGGUCUGAAUGAUUCCAACGUUGAGUAUGUGGCUAGAGCAAUCGCGCACGUAUUGCGACAAUCUGAAAAGCAAGAGUCUGGGUCAAGGCUGUUUGCCACACUGUAG